AUGUCCUCCACUUUGUUUCAGCUCUCGAAACUCAUCGCCGACUCCGUCGCUAUCAUCAACACCAGCUGCAGCGCUAGAGGUGUAGAGCUUCCUGACUUGAACUCGCCUCUUUCGCCCCCGUCUGAGGCAUUUCGCUUUGACCCUGCUGUUGUGGAAGCCAUAAAAGUUGCAACGGCUGCCGCUUAUCAGCUUGCAGCAGUUCUAGAGCCUCCUCCUAUUUCUAUGGCGCACAGUGUCGGUGGACACUUCAAGGCGGCCAGUAUACGAGUAUUGAUGGAAACAAACACGGUCGAGAUAUUGAGAGAAGCUGGUCCCAAGGGCCUCCAUGUCGAUGAGAUAGCCAAGCUCAAUCAACUGGAUCCUAAUAAAAUGGCUCGACUUCUUCGUUUCCUCUCGACUUUCCACAUGUUCAGGGAAGUUGAACCGGACAUUUUCGCUAACAAUCGUAUCUCCUCCGUUCUGGACACUGGGAAAUCAGGCGUAACCGCAAUGCAGCCUGCGGAUGCUAUUCUCAACGGUUAUGAUUGGAGGUCUUUGUCUGCCGACGACCUUGUAGUCGAUGUUGGCGCGGGAGCCGGAUCCGCAUCCCUUGUACUCGCUAGGGCAUGUCCCGAUGUCAACAUCAUCUUGCAAGACAGAGCGGCAGCCAUAGAGCAAGGACAAGAGAUCUGGAAGAAAGAACUUCCCGACGCCGUUCAGUCUGGCAGAGUCAAAUUUCAAGUAUACGAUUUUUUCACUACACAACCUGCGAAAAACGCAAGUAUCUUCCUCUUGAAACAAGUGCUGCACGACUGGUCCGACUUGUGUGCUGCAAAUAUUCUUACACAACUUCGCGCUGCCGCAGCGCCGACCACGAAACUGAUCAUUGUGGAGAGCGUUGUGGCUUAUGCCUGCCACGAUCCCAACUUGGAGAGUAUUCCGGGUGCCGCACCGCGCGAGGCGCCCUCCCUCUGCUUCCAAACUAUGUACAAUGGCGAUCCGACCAUGCUUUUCGCAACGAACUCCCAGGAGCGUACGGCCGGGCAUUUCAUGACGCUUCUCCAGGGGGCAGGAUGGAAGGUCGUCAAGAUUCAUCGCAGUGAUGGCACGUCGGCGUUCUUGCAACAGAUUGAAAGAUAG